UAUGCUUGUGAUGAAGGUAUAGCUCGUGUUUUCCAAACUGGUGUGACUCCCGUCGUUAUGGCUGAAUUCACCUCGGGGUUUAACAUUUCGGAAGAUUUGGCGCUACGAAGAGAAUUUUGGGACUUAUAUGGAUUUAAGAAGUCAGAAAUUGAACUUCUCUUGGACAAUACUCUGGGUCUGUCAUCUGAUGUUAAAGAGGGGAUAACAAAAUGGUUAAAGGAGGAAAAUGACGGAUAUUUUUUUAAUCCUUAUCAAACUGAAGGCAUUUUCAACCCUGCGAGGAUUCUUUAUUGCAUUAAACAAAUGAUGGUGCAAAAGAAAUUUAUAGACGAACGUAUCCAGGAUACUUCAAUUAUCAUCAAUAAUCUCCUUGGCUUCCCUCCCGAUCCGCAAACAUUGCCCUCUCAAUCAACAUUGGACUUGAUU